AUUGCACUGCUAAUUUGACCUUUCGCUAUCUGGAUCUAGGGUUUCUCCUCGCGACGGCUCCCUCGUUCUUCUCCAUCGUCACCAUACCCUAGCUUUUAGCACCAGAAUUCAGAACAAAAAUCCGAUUCCAUUUCGUAAACGCUGCAUCAUCAAUCAAGGAUCUAAGAUCUUCACUCGAAAAUAAAACCCUAAUUUUUUUUUUCUUUUUUUUUCUACGAAUUUCAGCGAUUUAAAACCAAAUUUGGGAUUUAUUUUUUUGGGAGAUGACGACGAUGUUGAAAGAAAUCAACGAAAUUGAUGUUUUUAUUGAAUGAAACUUUGAUGAGAGAUCAAAGGAGGGAAUAAAAUUUCUGAGUUUUUUUUUUUUCCUCUUCUUGGAUGGUGUUUGGGCAUUGAGAAAAUUGGUGUUUGGCAAGUGAGAAAAUGUAUAAGUCCGUGUAUAAAGGCGAAGAUUUACUUGGGGAAGUAGAGAUAUAUCCAACAGUGAACGAGAACAACAAGAAUGUUCUGGAUGAGUUGAAGGAAAUCAGAAUAAGCUAUUUUUCUCAACCAAGUGAAAGAUGUCCACCAGUGGCAGUGCUUCAUACCAUAAACUCCUCCAAUGGAGUUUGCUUCAAAUUGAUGGAGUCAAAGACGUCGCCGUUGUCGUCUCCGGACACGCCGCUCUUUCUUUUGCACUCCUCCAUGACUCAGGAGAACAAGACUGCAGUAAUGCCACUAGGAGGGGAGGAGCUUCAUUUGGUUGCCAUGCAAUCGAGGAAUGGUGGUAAACAGUGCCCAUGUUUCUGGGGAUUCUAUGUUGCAUCAGGACUAUACAAUUCUUGCCUUGUCAUGCUGAAUCUUAGAUGUCUGGGCAUUGUAUUUGAUCUCGAUGAAACACUCAUUGUUGCAAAUACCAUGCGCUCUUUUGAGGAUCGAAUUGAGGCCCUACAGAGGAAGAUAAGCACUGAGGUGGACCCGCAACGUAUUUCUGGUAUGUUUGCAGAGAUCAAGCGGUAUCAAGAUGACAAGUUUAUUUUGAAGCAAUAUGCUGAAAAUGAUCAAGUUGUUGAUAAUGGGAGAGUUGUCAAAACUCAAUCUGAGGUUGUUCCAGCCUUAUCUGACAAUCAUCAACCUAUUAUUCGGCCUCUUAUACGAUUACACGAGAAAAAUAUUAUACUUACUCGCAUUAAUCCGCAGAUUCGUGAUACAAGUGUUCUCGUGAGGUUGAGACCUGCAUGGGAGGAUCUUCGGAGCUACCUGACUGCAAGAGGGCGCAAGCGGUUUGAGGUUUAUGUUUGCACAAUGGCUGAAAGGGAUUAUGCAUUGGAAAUGUGGAGGCUUCUGGAUCCUGAUUCAAACUUGAUAAACUCAAAUAAAUUACUUGAUCGUAUUGUCUGUGUGAAGUCUGGUUCAAGAAAGUCAUUGUUCAAUGUAUUCCAAGAAAGCUUAUGCCAUCCUAAGAUGGCAUUGGUAAUUGAUGAUCGAUUGAAAGUGUGGGAUGACAGAGAUCAACCUCGGGUGCAUGUUGUUCCUGCCUUUGCCCCGUAUUAUGCUCCUCAAGCUGAAGGAAAUAACACUGUCCCUGUCCUGUGUGUUGCAAGAAAUGUUGCUUGCAAUGUCAGAGGUGGAUUUUUUAAAGAAUUUGAUGACAGUCUUCUACAAAAGAUACCUGAAAUUUUUUAUGAAGAUGAUAUUAAAGAUGUCCCUUCACCUGAUGUGAGCAAUCAUCUAGUUUCAGAGGAUGAUACUUCUGCUGUAAAUGGAAACAGAGACCCGCUCGCUUUUGAUGGCAUGGCAGAUGCUGAGGUUGAAAGAAGACUGAAGGAAGCAACCUCAGCUGCUUUAACGGCCUCUUUAGUAGUCACUAACAUAGAUCCAAGGCUUGCUUCUCUUCAGUACUCAAUUGCUCCUUCCUCUAGCACAACUUCACUGCCAUCAAGUCAGCAAUCAGCAAUGACUUUUCCUAAUAUACAGUUCCCUCAGGCAGCUUCAGUGGUUAAACCGUUGGGUCAUCUUGGUGCUGCAGAACCAAGCUUGCAUAGUUCUCCUGCUAGAGAGGAGGGAGAGGUACCUGAAUCAGAGUUAGACCCUGAUACAAGGCGGAGGCUACUGAUUUUGCAGCAUGGCCAAGAUACAAGAGAACCACCACCGAGUGAGCCCCCAUUUGCUGCCAGACCUCCAGUACAAGCCUCUGUUCCACGGGUGCAACCGCAUCCAGGCUGGUUUCCAGUGGAGGAAGAAAUGAGCCCUCGGCAACUGAGCCGGAUGGUACCCAAAGAACUUCCAUUAGAUCCAGAUCCAAUGCAGAUUGAGAAGCAUCGACCUCAUCAUUCAGCUUUUUUCUCUAAGGUUGAUAACUCUAUUCCAUCUGAUAGGAUUCUUCAAGACAAUCAAAGAUUUCCGAAAGAGGCAUUUCAUAGAGAUGAUCGGCUGAGAUUCAACCAUGCAUCGGCUGGCUAUCAUUCAGUGUCAGGUGAGGAGAUUCCCUUGAGUCGAUCCUCUUCCAUGAAUAGAGAUGUGGACUUUGAAUCUGGACGAGCUAUAUCAAAUGCAGAGACUCCUGCUGGAGCCUUACAGGAAAUCGCAAUGAAGUGUGGAGCCAAGGUGGAGUUUAGGCCAGCUUUGGUUGCUAGCACGGAACUCCAGUUUUAUGUUGAGGCUUGGUUUGCAGGAGAGAAAAUUGGUGAAGGAAGUGGUAAAACAAGAAGGGAAGCUCAUUUCCAGGCUGCCGAGGGUUCUCUAAAAAACUUAGCCAAUAUAUACCUUUCCCGCGUCAAGCUUGAUUCUGUGCCUGUUAAUGGGGAAAUGAGCAAGUUUUCUAAUGUUAACAACAAUGGUUUUGUGGGUAAUGCGAAUUCUUUUGGGAUCCAGUCAUUUCCCAAAGAGGAGUCCCUGUCAUCUUCAACUUCAUCGGAGCCUUCUAGGCCACUAGACCCUAGGCUUGAAGGCUUCCAAAAAUCUAUGAAUUCAGUCUCUGCCCUCAAAGAACUUUGUAUGAUGGAGGGCCUUGGUGGUGUAGUUUUUCAACCGCGACCUCCACCUUCAGCUAAUUCAGUUGAGAAAGAUGAAGUGCAUGUACAGGUUGAAAUUGAUGGAGAGGUCUUGGGAAAGGGGAUUGGGUUGACGUGGGAUGAGGCUAAGAUGCAGGCCGCUGAAAAGGCGCUCGGAAGUCUAAGAUCAACUUUAUUUGCUCAGAAACGUCAGGUUUCUCCAAGGUCUUUCCAAGGGAUGCCAAAUAAACGAAUGAAGCAGGAGUUUCCACAAGUUCUGCAACGGAUGCCCUCUUCUGCUAGAUAUCCGAAAAAUGCUCCACCAGUUCCCUGAAAAUCAUACCACCAUUUCAUCCCCUUUUGGUUUAGCUACUGACAUAACGUCUUCCGUACAUAUUAUAGAGAAGGGCGAGGACCAUGGAGCCGUAGCUGCUUAAUUGUGGACAAGAUUGAGCUUACAGCUUCGUUACAGAUUCUUCUGAAAGAACGGGGAGGUGCUUGUCAGGUGACUAGAGUCCUAACAUUCUUGUGGUUUUCAGUCGUUGUAACGAUUUCCCCCCACAACCGAAUAUGCUUAUAAGCCUCCUUGAACGUUUUCGGAAGGCAAUGCCUUGUAACUCCUCUUUUGUGUGGUUGAUGCAUUUCUUCCAAGACUUUCGAAAGGGCCUAUCUAGGUAGGAUUAACAGUGUAUUGAUGUCUAGUUACCGGAAGUAAACUGGACACGGAGGCUUCGAGGGAGAGUUGCGGCUAUGUAGUCCCGGCACGCUCUGCAUUGACGGUUAUUUCAGUCUGACUGCCAGUUUUCUUUCGGUGUCCAUCUCUGGCAAAGAUUGGGAGUACAAGAAAAUGUCAGUCUUCUGGGAUAUGUUACUUUGAGGUGCAACUGCUUACUGAUGUAAAUUGAGCUUAAUGUAAUAUGGUUUUCGCUUAC